CAUAUAAAUCUAUUUAAUUAUUAACUAAAAUAGUUUAUAAAAAUAGAAAAGAAUUGUCUUUUCUAUUAUUGAUUAUUUGACAGUGAUUUGAUAGUGGCAUAUCGCAAUUAUAUGUCUUUUUGAUAAAAAAUUAAAAACGAGGAGGGUAUAACUAUUUCUAUUACACAUAACUUUUUUGAUAAUAUUUUUGAGCAAAUUUAUCGAGCUAAAUUUAAUAGAAAUGAGCAUUGUUAAGCAUGACAGUUGUACGUGCUAAAAGCUAUGUAGCAUAUCACGAAGAAACUCUUCGUUUACUUUCAGCUAGGUAUCCACAGUUUCACAAGGAGCAUAUAGAAAAAGCUUUGAGUGCAACAGGUUAUAAAAAAAUAGAAGAUGUAAACCAUUGGUUAUUAUCUCACUGUAAAAGUGAUGACUUCAAUGAUCCAAUCGAGCGAGAGUUUAUUGCUUUUUUAUGUCCGACAGGGCCACUUCUUGAGGAAAUAUCGAAGUUUUUUGAACUUUCACUCAUAAAUUGUGGAAUUAAUGCAGCUCAUAAUUUGUUUCCACAUAUCACUCUUUCUUCAUUUUUUAAGGUAAGUGAUUCAGUCUUACCUUAUGUUUUGGACAUUUUCCAAAGUAAAAUGCAACAACAUUACUACAAACCAGUCCAAGAUAUCCAACUGCAUUUGCAAUGGUCUGAAAGUUACAUCGGACUAUUUUUAGAUGACCAAUCUAUUAGUUGGUUAACUGAAGCAAUGAAUUUUAUCAGCAAAACAGCUGAGAUUGAGCGAGGGAUUUAUAUUAAACCACAUGAUCGAAAGUUUCAUUUAACACUUGCAUACAAUUUUUCACAAGACCAUUCAAGCAAACUGAAAAGUUUAGCAAAAAAAAUUGAUCUUCGGUCGUCUGCGAACUGGCAUUUAAAAAUAUAUUCAAGGGAGAGCAGGUUUAACGGAAAACAGGUACACGUCGUUGUCGAAGACUACAAAGCGACUCAUUCAAAGGAACUAGAUCUGUUGGUAAAUAAUCACGUGAUCAUGACCUCUGAAAAUCACAAAUAUCAACCGUGUAGUAGUUGGAGGGAAGGUAAAAGUUACGAAACUGGAAAAACUGGGUAUUUUCCAGAAAGUUCUACUAAAAAGACUGCAGAAUGGAAAAUAUGGUCGAAGAAUUUAUCCAUGACCGUCUUUAAAAACAGUACCCCGCAGAAAACUGAGGUACAUCAGCCAAUUAAAAUGGCCAGUCGAUCUCAGUCUUUUAAUGCUAAAAAAAACAGAGCAAAUCAUUGUCAAGAUAAUCAAAAUCCUACAUGGAGUCCAAUUGUUUUGGGUGCAACGUCUUCAAGUAAAGUAAAUUUCUUAAAUUCUCCAUUUUUAUCUCGAAAAUUAACUCCUCAAGAAAGAAGUUCUGAAAAUCCUAUUGAAAAUUCUACUUUAAAAAAGACUAUAAAAAUGUACGACUCUAACGGGACUAUUAAAACUGCGCCGGCGCCAGAAAAAGACACAUUUAACAGUGAGCUGCGUCGAAUCUUUGUAAUGCGCCAUGCUGAGCGUGUUGAUUUGACAUUUGGACAUGACUGGUUUAAUGUCUAUAUUGAUGAUAAAGGUUACCAUAGACGAAAUUUAAAUAUGCCUCGUCGCAUACCGACGCGUCGUGGCGGUCCAAAAGAUUUUUUUAUGGACGGUCCAAUAACUGAAAUCGGUAUGUUUCAGGCAAAAUUAAUAGGAGAAGCAAUGCGUGCUAAAGGUAUCAGUUUUUCGCAUGUUUUUUCUUCUCCAUCACUUCGUUCAAUACAGACAGCUGCGUCUGUAUUAGAUGGAAUGGGAGAUCAGCAAUCGAAAAUUAAAAUAGAACCUGCUUUAUUUGAAUGGAUGAUGUGGUGUAAGAACAAUUUGCCAAAAUUUAUGGCCAACAAUGAAUUAGCUGAAUUUGGUACGAAGGUAGAUGAAAACUAUCAACCUUUUUUUUCUUUAUCCCAGUUUAAUCUGCACGAAAAAUGCGACGAAUAUUAUUAUCGCUCACAUGCCUUUGUCGAUCACGUAGUUAAAAAUUUCUCUGGAAAUAUACUUAUGUUAGGACAUUCUGCGUCAUUAGAUGUUUGUACGAGGAUUCUAACUGGAGGAAGUUUGAGAAAAACAGACGAUUUAAUUAGGGUUAUUCAAAAAGUGCCUUUUUGUGGGCAUGUCGUAAUAGAACAAGUUUCAAAUAAGCGCUGGUCGCUAGUACAGUCAAGUAUUCCUUCAUUAGCGCAUAGUCAGAAUCAAUCUUUUGAUUGGAGAGUCUUGCAAGAUUAAAGCUAUUUAUUGGCAUUGUGAAUUAAAACUUGCGUUAUGUCGUAACGUUUGUAAGAAUAUCAAAUAAUUUAUAAAUGCAUGCGUUUAUCAUUUAUUUUUAUGACAAAGGCAUAUAUAUAUAUAUAUAUAUAUAUAUAUAUAUAUAUAUAUAUAUAUAUAUAUAUAUAUAUAUAUAUAUAUAUAUAUAUAUAUAUAUAUAUAUAUAUAUAAAUUGCUUCUAAUGUUGAUUAUUACUGCUUUUAAUUCGCCUUUUUGAUGAUUGACGUUGACGUUUUGAAUGACGUCAAUGGCUUUUUUUAUUCUAUUAUGAUAUCUCCAUAAACUAAUUUGCAGAAGGAGGAGGAAAUUUAUUUGUGUACACUUAGGAAUAAAGUAUCCGUCUAGGAUACUUUCACAAAUUAUUAAAAUUGUUUUUAUUGGACGCUGUCACAAAGAUUUAUUGUUUGUCUAUUUUGUAUAUAAUGAUCCGUUUUUAUAUUAACAUAAAUAUUUAUUUGAA